AUGCGAAACAGCAGCGUCGCAUCAUCAACCUCACCCAGCAUCAACGUACUUAUCUUUGGACGUCAAUCGAGAAGCGUAGAAUUGAUCACCCUGAUCUUAUCAGUUCUAACGAUAUCCGUGGGACUCGUGGGCAACCUUCUGCUCACUCUGACUAUCGCUACCAGCGCAUCUCUGCGAACUCCCAUGAACACGUUCGUUCUGAGCAUCGGGUUGGUGGAUUUGUUGACUUCAGCGUUUCUCUUGCCUUUAAGAGCGAUUGUGGAAUGGCAGCUGCUGUCCCACAAAGAAAUAGACCCUACGGUUUACGGCAUAGAGCUGUUUGUUCGCACCUUUACGGAUACUACUCGACUUUUCCUGAUGAUGUCGCUGAGUGUGGAGCGAUACCAGUCUAUAGCCAACCCACUAUCGGUCUCCAAGGACCAGGCCAAGAGACGGGCGAUGGUCAUGAGUGGAAUGACAUGGACCGUAUCGAUUGUUCUCAGUGGAAUAUCCAUCAGGUACUUCUGUGAUACGGUUUUGCACCAACCAUGUCUGGAAAAUACAGAUGUCACAACGACAAAUUGGGGUGACCUGGAGGUGUUCGUAGAGAUGCCUCUGACCAUACUGUCCAUUCUAGUCAUCGCCGUCUGCUAUAGCCUCAUCGUCGUGAUUCUGAGGCAGCAACGGCGGAAAAUGGCAGGCCACUUGAAGCCGAAGAUGAAUCAAGUUGUGCCCGUAGACAGCGGCAAGAUGUCACAGCUUCAGACACAAAAUGGAAGCAAAGCUGAAAUACUGGAAAUCGAGGAGAAAACAGCCAAGAUUCAACUCAGCAGCUCUCAAGAGGUACACCAAGACGAUGUGAAGCCAGAUAGCUAUGGUGAAUGUAACGUUAAUGAUAACAUGAUUAACAAUGAUAGCUGUCCGGAUACUAUCAAAACUGAUAAUAUAGCUGAAAAGGGUAUCCAUGAUUUUAAAUUAUCAAGCAGUAUUAAAAGUUCAGACAAGUUAAAACCAGGUGUUAUCAAAACUGACAAUAUUGACAUUUCUGAAAAACAAUUAAGCAGAGAGAUUAAAAGUAACAAUUGUGAUUCAAAGGCGUGCCAUAAGAGUGCAGAUAAGAUUAGCAAUUGUUCACAUCAUAGCACAGGUGAAGAGGACAGAAAAAUGUUGACUUCAUCGAGAUCACCGCUGAUAAUCCCCUCCAGGGAGAUUGUAACGGAGCAUAAUAACUGUCUGUGUGAAGAUUCUGAAGCAAAUCUAGAGAAUCAGUUGGUUAAAGUUAUCAAUACUUCUACAGCACACACCACAUCUCAAAGCACGGCUACUGCUGGGAACAGCCAAGGACGUCGGUCCCUUCGAAGUACCCAGCAGUCAGUAAGUGGUGAAGCAUAUACGCUACCAGGCGCUGUGGUAACAGAGUCUACUAUAGUCGAGACGCAUAAUAACGAUGAGCCUGAUCAUACUUACACCCAGGGAUUGGACGUCGUGCAUUUGCAUUUAACUAGUAAUAGUGGAGAUACUAGUCGCAUUCAGCCAUCUCAUUCUAUACACCCAUCUCAUAAACAUCAAGACAUUCAAAUCUUUGUUAGAAGAGGGACACAAGCGCAAGCUGCACAAAGUAGAGCAGCAUCUAAUAUUUUUAAGGCAUCACCUAGGUUGCAAAAUCGUAAAUACCCAAGACUACAGUCGGUGAUUGCAUUCUUACAUACAAGCGACGGUAGACAUAAGAACAAAAUGUCCACCAAUAGUAUGUUGUCUACCAAUAGUAUGUUGUCCAGCAGCUAUGAUACAGCUACAGAUUCCAAUGUGAUCCCUGGUUCAGAGAACAGUAAUACUAAUUUAAGUCAGGUGUCUAGUUUUAACAAACCAAAAAAUCCUCAGAUCGAUCAGAAUACACAUUUAACCAGUGAUAACAACCCCACAGCGCCAUCAGUUAAAGUAUUCAACUCUCACUCACAAAGCUCCUUGUCUGAUUGUACACAGGAAACUUCUUCUAGAAAUACUACUCUCCAAACUUCAAUGGAGAGUGAUCUGGACAAUGCACAUGAGCAUCUUUUACAAAUCUCUUACAAAGACUCUAGUUCCUUAGCACUGUCAUGUGAACCUACUUCUGAAUAUCGUUGUUCGGAUGACAUGUCCACAUAUAAUAACAGCCUGUCCAUAUCAGAGAUCCAAGUUGCUGAUAGUCAGCAAAAGACACCACAGUUAACAACGAAAUGCCCCAGUCUACUUUCUCAACAACAACACACAGAGGACAUUGAAACAAAAGGUCAUAUAUCAAUGCCGGAAAACUCCAUGCUGGAUUCAACAUCACAAAAUAUUCCAAACUCCCUUAAAAGCAAUCCCAAAACAAAUCCAGAGGAUCAAAAGACUGUCUUACAUUAUACAAGUAACGACAGAGAACAAGACAAAAGCACUAGUUUUCCCGCCAUAGAUAACACCAAACAUAUAGAAGUGGUAGAGAUGGACGGUACAGUUCAUUUACAAAUAGUGAACUCACAAAACGCAUCGCCAAUAGAAGGUGCUGUUUGUCUCAUGAACCCACGGAACAGAGAACAAGGAAAAAGGAGAGUAGAAUUAAAGGCAGCGUUGAAAGUUGGACUUAUCGUCUGUUGUUUCGCGUGUCUGUGGAUGCCACUUCCGCUUUCCGUGUGUAUUUUAAGAGGGACUUCCUGUUGGACGGAUUCAAUGAAGAUCGACAUGCUAGCGGUUUUCUCCUCAUUGGCUGCUAGCACUGCAGCAAUCGAUCCUAUCCUGUACGGACUACUAAAUCCUCAAAUCCGCAGCGCUUUACAGGCGAAUGUUUACAAAAUUCGACGGAAAAUAACGAACUAUCUCGCAACAUGA